CUGUGUCUGGAACAGCUCACAGUCCUGACUCCGUUCUUCGCUACAGCCCCAGCAAUGCUACAUCCGGCAUCUCUUGGCUUCAUCCUGGCAUGCGCCGUAUCUCUAAGCAGCUCUGCAGUUAUUUUAGAAAAUGGGAUGCCGAUCCUUUGGUCUCAAACAGUCAGCCAAGUGACUGAGCUCCCUACGCAAGAUGGGAUUCUGACUCCAGACCCUUGGAGAUACCUGAACCGAAUGAGUUUGUACCGUCUUCUGAUAGCUGCCACAGAUCCCUACAUGGGAUCCAUGGGACCAGGCCCCACAGAAAACCCAAUGUGGGGGCUGGCCCUGCAGCUUGGAUGGAUGCAAACUUCAGGUCGUCUUGCUGACCCGACCGGUCUAACAACCUGCGGACUGCAAACAGGAGAUGCCAUGUGCAUUUCACCCCAGAGCUGGUGGAGCUGUGUGAACCACUUCAGCUCUGCACUUUCCUUUCUGUCUGCUGCACAGCAUGGCCUCAUGGGAGCAGGAGUCCAGGUCCAACUCCAAACACCUGCAGGUUCAGAAGGUUAUUGUACCACCUAUGUUGAGUGUUCCACUCAGUACCCUGAUGCUAUGACCAAGUGGGAUGCCUAUUUUCAGGCUCUGAAGGCUUCCACUGAAUCUGCGUUACCAGACAACGAGAAGAAAGACUCGAUCCUCGGUGCCUACUGGGUGGCUCAGAUGGGUUCGCUUCAGGCUUCUGCAUCAUGCAACGCCAAGCAGAGCCACUACUCCUCUGAAGAGGUUUUGUUUGCUAACAGCUGGAUGAACUCAGCAGAGUACGUUUCUGCAGCUCACUUCCAUUCCAGCCUGGAAAAGUCAGUGAAGUUCCUGACCCCUCUACCAAGCCGAGUCCUAAGGGAGGGCGAUGUGGCUCCCAACAUCGCUGAUCUGACUCCGGAGGAGAAUCACUCACUGUCUAUUUUCUCCUCGAUGAGAAGCAUCAACACUUUUCUAGGUGGAACGCUGGUGAAUAUGUGGAAAGGAGCGAUGUGUUCAGUGACCACACGAGAGCAAGGCAGACAGAUGUUGGAGCAGCUGCUGCUGAAUCCCAGCUUCGCCACCACUUCUUUCCUGUCGCUUAUUACUGGAAUGACCACAAGCUGCUGAGACCAAACAAACACGAAAACAUCUUUCAAACCUCAAGAGUCUUUUUUAAAUUGUUUUUCAUAAUCAAUUUGGGUGAGAUGCUUUGCAACGUGAUGGAGGUGCUAUUCCACCGAAGGUUAUUCACCCUCUCUCCACAGAUGCCUCUGACACAGGACUAGUCUGCAUGAGAUAUGGCCUCAAGGUCAUGCAUUUGCUUCUAAACUGCUUCCUUCCAGCUCAAGAGAAGAAUGAAGAAAGGACUCUCUCCUUUUAAUAAAUCAAAGAACUCUAUUUUUAAUAAAGCUAAUUAAACAAAGUGUUAGUCAAUAAUAAGAUGUGACCAAUCUGUGAAAUCAAAAUAUUAAUUACUCUAUUAUAAUCCUAUAGAAUAUAAUAAGUUACAUGACUUUAAAUGUUUCCACUAGGACUGAUCUCACGUAGCGUUAAGACAUGACACAUUACUUUUCUGAUCCAAUCAGAAUCUGCCAGAUCUGACGGAGGCGUGGUUUUGGUGGUGCUUGAUAAAUCUGUCAACUUUUCAUUCGACCAUAAACCAAAACAUCAGAAGUGUAAAACUAUGCCCAAGUCAUCUUUAACACAGUUCAAAGCGUUCUAGAGAAGUUGUCGGAGUGGCCAAUCCGUAACUUUCCUCUUCAGCCGAAAGAACCAACGACAAGCUGGAUAAAAUCUGUUGCUGUUCCACCUGCUGCAACGGUUCCUUUCAGAAUAAAAGCUGAACCAUCACGGCCCAGUUUUGGGUCUUGUUAGAUGCCAAUAAACUGUCACGACCCGGAAGUAUCUCAAGACUGGUGGUCGGCUGCCGCGGCUGUUUCUACCGACUUCGGCUCCACAAAGGUCAAGCUGGACCAGGGGCGUGUCCAGGGAGUGGCCUGGGGUAGCACAUGCCACCCUAGGAAUCUGAUUGGCCACCCCAGGUGCCACCACACUAAUUUACUUUUAAAUAGGCUUUUCAUUGUCCACAAAAGGCUUGGGGGUAAAACAAAAAAAAAAAAGCAUAACCAUUGGUGCCAUCCAUGCACAAAGCUGUGCCUCACCUGGGCCACCCCAUUUUAAAAGAUUUUAAAAGCCACUGAGCUGGACCUCUACACCUCCUGAUCUAGACGGGGACUUCCACUAAGGGUACAUAGACCGACAGAAUGGCGUCGAAUGUGUUUAUGAAUCUCCUAACCAAAGCUUAACGCGAAGACAUCACCUUCAGUUCCCAUCAGAACUGAUCGUUUCUUCGGCUUUGCUGGUUCUGAACAACAUUCCACACUACACCAUUCUCCGUUUCAUCCACCUUAGUUACACCAUACAUUUAGUGUUAAAGUUAGUCUAGUUUUAAUUUGUUUAGUAAUAAAUCUUUAAACUUUUAAAACUUGACUCUCUCUCCUGUUGUCUCUGAGUUAAUGUGACGUGGUUACAUAAUCCCUGCAAUAAAAAGUUCCAAUCUUCUGGUUAAACAGUACCCACAGAUCCAUAAGGUUGAUUUCAUAUUUACUAUGGAAUCUUAUGUCUUAUGGCUCAUUAAAUAACAUGUAAAUUAAACCAUUACAGCUUCAUUGUGAAGGACGAUAGAUGGCGAUUUCAGACUGCAGUUCUCGCUCACGUCUCUUUGUUCUUGUACCUUUGUGAAAAUAAAACAUCAAUAAAUCCUCUCUAACGCUU